AUGUCUUCUUAUAGUAUUGCAACUGGUGUUGGUACUGGUGCUAGUACUGGUGCUGCCAAUGGUAGCAGUGCAAGCACCAAUAAGAAACAGAAGAUAUCUCCUCCCUUUGAUUCUCUUCUGUUGGACAAGAACGAGAUUUGGCUCCAAGGUAUUCUUCCCCUUGUUGGUGUUGGACAGUACGCUUUCAUUGGGGCUGUCAACAAGAAGAUGAAUCAACUAUACAAAGAGUAUUGCAAAACUGAACUUGAGAAAAAUCCUGGGAAGGUAAAAAUUAACCCGGAGCAAGACCCAAAUCAUUACAAUAGUCACCCAGCAGAAAGCACCGAUACCCUUUACAGCGAAACAUUCUCUAACGAGCAGCGCGCAGAAUUCUGGCUCAAAGACAAUUCCAACCAUAAAUCACCUGCUCGUGCUCAUGUUUGCACAGCAAUUGCCAAAAUUGGAAAUCUUACUGUCAUGAAAUGGGCACGACAAAAAGGAUUCCCAUGGAAUGAGAAGACCUGUGCUGGAGCUGCUAAAAAUGGCCAUUUGAAAAUGCUCCAAUGGUUAAGAGAGAAUGGUUGUCCUUGGAAUGUAUGGACAUGUUCCAGUGCUGCUCGAUUCGGACAUUUGAAAAUUUUAAAGUGGGCUCGUGAAAACGGUUGUCCAUGGGAUGCAAAUACAUGUUCCUGUGCUGCUGAAAAGGGACAGUUGGAAGUUUUAAAGUGGGCUCGUGCAAAGGACUGUCCAUGGAGUGAAUGGACAUUUCACACUGCCAGGAUCCAUAACGAAAUCGAAGCAAUCCAGUGGCUACGCGACAAUGGCUGCCCUGGAUCUCGCAAUUGA